AUGGCGGAUAGUGUUUCAGGUCGCGACCUGGCAGGUAGUUUAUGGACGGUGAAUGUGGUUCCUACGCAAAGGGCGGGUAUGAUGGCAGCGAGUGAAGCGCGCAAUGAGAUCAUCUUUUUAUUUGGUGAUUUGGUUUCACUGCAUCGUUUGAAUGUUUUAGUCUUUCCUUGGUUGACACCUCCAAAAACGUGUACAGCGUUUUGGAUUGAAGAUCGCGAGAACAUAGCAUUUUUCAUUAAAUUUGAACUUCAAAAGAGGAAAUACACGAACUACAGUAAACUAUGUGCAUGG